UGUGGAUCACUGUAAACAUCUGCCUGUAUCUGUCUUUUAAAUGCAUCUCUACAGCUUUAGUCAACAGAUCAGGUACUUGCCAGCUCCAGGGACGCUUCAAGUUAAAUGGAAUGUACCAGGAUGGAGAUGUUAUACUUGGAGGCCUGUUUGAGGUUCAUUUUUUCACUGUGUUCCCAGAGCUGAGCUUCAGAACUGAGCCAGAACCACCAUAUUGUGAAAAAUUUGAUAUGGAAAGCUUCCAGCAGGCACAGACAAUGGCUUUUGCUAUAGACGAGAUCAAUAAUAAUCAAAAUCUGCUGCCUAAUAUCACUCUUGGUUACCAUCUUUAUGACAACUGUGUGAUGCUAGGAAUGGCAUUCCGUGCUGCCAUAUCCCUAGUUAGUGGAACAGAAGAGAGAUUAUCCAACCUCAACUGCACUGGCCCUUCUCCAGUGAUUGGGAUUGUGGGUGAUCCAGGUUCAACUCCAUCCAUUGCAAUUUCCAGUGUUCUGGGGCUAUUUCGAGUACCUAUAGUUAGUCACUAUGCCACCUGCUCCUGUUUGAGUGACAGGAAAAAGUACCCCUCUUUCUUCAGAACAAUCCCCAGUGAUGCCUUCCAGGUGCGGGCUAUGAUUCAGAUCUUGAGGCAUUUUGGAUGGACGUGGGUUGGACUCCUCUACAGUGAUGACGACUACGGCAUCUAUGCUUCUGUGUCCUUUAAACAGGAAAUGCAGCUGUUUGGAGGUUGUGUUGCCUUUUCUGAAAUCCUACCCCAUGACAACAACCCCAAAGACAUUCGACAUAUAAUAGGAGUGAUUCAGGCCUCUACAGCAAGAGUGUUGGUUGUUUUUUCUACUUCGUCCUAUCUGAUGAAUUUGAUGGAUGAGGUGGUAUUGCAAAACCUGACAGGCAGACAGUGGAUUGCAAGUGAAGCAUGGGCUACCUCACCUGUGUUUCACACUUCACGUUUCUUGCCAUUUUUGGGAGGCACACUGGGCAUUGCCAUCAGACGUGGAGAGAUCCAAGGACUUCAAGAGUUUUUGCUACGUCUUUGUCCCAGUAAUGAUCCAAGAAAUAAUAUGUUGAAAAUCUUCUGGGAAAACAUGUUCAGGUGCAGUUUUAAAACUGAGGGUGCAACGACAGAUGGAGGCCAAGUCAAAAAGUUGUGUACUGGACAGGAGGAUCUGAUCAUCACAAACACACCAUACACUGAUGUUUCAGGGCUGAGAGCAGCUUAUAAUGUCUAUAAAGCAGUUUAUGCCCUGGCACAUGCACUUCAUGACCUAAUGCAGUGUGAGGAGGGUAUUGGACCAUUCAGUGGGAACAGAUGUGCCAACAUAACCAACCUAAAACCGUGGCAGCUGGUUCACUACCUACAGAAAGUGAACUUCACCACAGGCUUUGGGGAUCAUGUGUCAUUUGAUAAGAAUGGAGAUGCACUGGCUAUUUAUGAUGUAUUGAACUGGCAGCCAUUCUCUGAUGGAUCAAUACGGGUCUACACAGUUGGUGUAGUAAAUGAAGGGGCAGGGAAUGGGAAGCCCCCACGGUCUGUGUGCAGUGAGAGCUGCCCACCAGGCACUAGAAAAGCCAUGAGGAAGGGACUUCCUGUCUGCUGUUUUGACUGCCUUCCAUGUGCAGAUGGACAGAUUUCUAAUACAACAGAUACAAUUGAGUGUACUGCAUGCCCAGAUGAGUUCUGGUCCAAUCCAGAUAAGGACCAGUGUGUCCCCAAAGAUGUAGAGUUUCUAUCCUAUGAGGAUCCUCUAGGCAUCUCUCUAACUACUGCAUCGCUGCUUGGCAUCUGCAUCUGCACUCUUGUAAUGGUCAUCUUUGCUCAUCAUCGUAACACUCCCAUAGUACGAGCCAACAAUUCAGAGCUUAGCUUUCUGCUGCUAUUGUCACUCAAACUGUGUUUCCUGUGUGUGCUGCUGUUCAUUGGCCGGCCAAAGUUGUGGACAUGUCAGUUAAGACAUGCUGUGUUUGGCAUAAGCUUUGUCCUGUGUGUCUCCAGCAUCCUGGUCAAGACUAUGGUAGUAAUAGCAGUAUUCAAGUCAUCUCGGCCAGAAGGCAAAGGCCAGAUGAAAUGGUUUGGAGUUGCUCAACAAAGAUGCACAGUUUUGGUCCUAACAGCCCUCCAGGUUGUGAUAUGUGCAGUCUGGCUAUCAACUGCCUCUCCAACACCUCAUAAAAACAACCAGUAUACUCGCUCUAAAAUAGUAUAUGAAUGUGCUAUAGGCUCAGUGGCUGGUUUUUCUAUGCUGCUGGGAUACAUUGGGCUGUUGGCAGCAGUCAGCUUCCUGUUAGCCUUCCUGGCAAGAAAUCUACCAGAUAAUUUUAAUGAAGCAAAGUUUAUCACUUUUAGCAUGUUGAUCUUCUGUGCUGUGUGGAUUUCAUUUGUUCCAGCAUAUGUGAGCUCACCAGGAAAAUAUGCAGUGGCUGUCGAGAUAUUUGCUAUUCUAGCUUCCAGUUUUGGAUUACUGGUGGCCAUAUUUGCCCCUAAGUGCUACAUCAUCCUUUUACAUCCAGAGAGGAACACUAAAAAAGCCAUCAUGGGAAGAGAAACACAAAAUAAAUAG